UUAAAAUCCCUCCAGUCUCGUUCCAGCCAUCUGUUUGGUCGGUGCUGGUUCUACUCUCCUUUUUUCUGUUUUUCUCUCUAUUUCUCUCUCUCUUUCUCUCUCCCGUUUUGCUUUUAGUUAAGUAAAAGGGAAAAAAGAUUGAUUGCAUUUUCAAGUUGAAAAACAAAAAAAAAAAGAUCAGCUUUUUUUUUUAUUUCCCUGCGGUCUUGACCUUUACCGGAUGUUUUAACUGAAAAACAUUUCAACUGUGAAUCAAUUUCGUUGAGGUUUUUUGUUGUUGUUGUUUUUCCUCCUGGCUGGGGGGUCUCAUCCGACAUGUUGCGUUACUGGAUGGUUUGCUUGGUAGUGCCGGCGUGUUUCACGCAUUGGUUCACGGAUGGAUCGCCAUCCAACUUGCCACUUUCUUCCGCCGGCUUCCAUCAGCGUCAAUUUCCUGAAAAUAACGCGAGUUCAACUCGACACCAUCCAGCCGCUCACGACAGAAUCACUCGAGGCAUCCGCACGGCAGUCUCCAACAAGCCAACUGAACGCUGUUACGGUACUUUUGGAUGUUAUUCCGUUAAUCGACCAUGGACGUCCUCUAAUAGACCCAUCAACAAUUUUCCGGAAGCACCGGAAAUCAUCCAGCCAGCCUUUUGUUUGUACACAAGGCACAACCGGUCCCGGUGUCAGAAUCUUGUGACUGGAGACGUGCCAUCGAUCCAGCGAAGCGGGUUGGACUCGUCUAGGCGAAUUCUCUUCAUAGUUCACGGCUAUCUCGAGCAUGGCAACAAGAAAUGGAUCAAGAGGAUGGUCGAAGAGGCUCUCAUCUACGACAACGUGAAUGUCGUCGUGGUAGACUGGGUCAGCGGUUCUGGGCCACCGUACACCCAAGCUGUGGCCAAUAUUCGAUUAAUUGGUGUUAUGCUGGCUCACCUAGUUCUCUUUUUACACGGUCAAUUUCAAGUCCCGACGGAGAAUUGCCACAUAGCCGGACACAGUCUAGGAGCGCAUUUGGCCGGAUAUACGGGUCAAUAUAUGCGAGAUCGGGGCCACAUGCUGGGCAGGAUAACAGGAAUGGAUCCGGCCGAUCCUUAUUUCGAGAACACUGAACCAUUGAUCCGACUCGACCCCACCGACGCUCUUUUCGUCGACGUUAUCCACACGGAUGCGGGACCAAUCCUGUCCGGAGGAUUGGGAAUGAUGCAGCCGAUUGGUCACAUUGACUUUUAUCCGAACGGAGGGGUACGCCAGCCCGGCUGCGGGACCAGCGUCCUUGAUUCGAUCGAAAAGGAGCGUGGCAGCGUUCUCUACGGUUUGAGUCGAUUCAUUGGUUGCAAUCACCUGCGAUCGGUUGAAUUCUUCACCGAAUCCUUCAAUUCGGCUUGUCCGUUCUUGGCCGUCCAGUGUCCGUCCUUCGCCGACUUUCUGGCCGGCGCCUGUCACUGCGGUUCGAAUGCGUGUCACCGCAUGGGAUAUUCCGCCGACCAUCAAUCGGUGAUCUCAUCAGCAGCGGCUGCCAGCAGCAAUAUCUGGGCCGGCAAUAGCCAGCAGCAGCAGCAGCGGGCCGUCGAGUCCGAACCUAUUCAAAUGUACCUUCUCACCCGCGACGACCAGCCUUUUUGCUUGUACCACUACCGUGUCACGAUUAUCAUUUCCGACACGUUCGAAAGUGUCCAGCACGGCGGAGAUCGGGGAUGGCUUUCCAUUCAACUUCACGGCCACAACCGGUCCUCUCCGCCAACUCGUCUCACUCCAGAGAAUGUUCGUUUCGAGCCGAGAAUGGCUUAUUCGUACGUGCUGGGCUCGACUUGGCUGGGCGAAAUCACGAGCGUGACGCUCGUCUGGACUUAUUCGACGAGCGUUUUUAAUCCGCUCACGUGGCGGAUUCUCACCAUUCCGGCCCUCCACGUCAAUCGCAUUAUCGUCCAUAAUUUAGAAUCGAACAGCAGCACGGUGAUUUGCGGAGAAGACACGGCCAUCAAUUCCAAAGAAGCUCGGCAAAUGUUCCCGGCGUCGAAAUGUCGUAACCAGUCGCGGUUGCCGCUUGGCGCUUCUUUUGUUUUACCGACGGAAGACACGGGUGCCAACGUCUUGAGGAAGAAUGGCAAGAGGAACAGGCGAUUGUAUCUGGGCUGAAGAAAAAAGAAAAGAAAAGCCGAAGAAUCCGAUUAGCAAUUACUAUGAAAAAACAAGCACAAUUAAACAAUUCGUCAGGGAUUUAGAGCUGCCGAAAAUAUUUUCAACUUGACGGAAACAGAUCAAAGAGAGACGGUUAUAGUACUUCUUAUAUUAUGUGACAAGAAAAUCUGACUGUAAGUUGAGCUUUGGUCAGAUGACCACACCCACAAAUACACACACACAUGAAAGUUUGUAA